UCUUAUUUCACCCGCCAAGAUCGGAUCCAAUCCUCUCCUCCACCACCUUCUCUCCAUUUUCUUGCCUCUACUAAAAAAACAAAACCAAAACAAACAAACAAAACAAUUUUUUUAAUUCUCUUCUUAGACAGAGCCAAAGACAGAGAGAGAGAGAAGAGAUUUUGGGGUUUGUGUUUUCUUCUUCUCUUCAUUGAAAGUUCUCAUCUUCUCCUCUGAUUCCUUGUGGGUUUUUUGAUCAAAUGGGUAAUGUGACAUCAAACGUGGCGGCCAAGUUCGCUUUCUUCCCUCCAGAGCCUCCAACGUACCGUGUAACGGACGACGAAGAGACAGGGAAGCUGGUCUUGUCCGGAGUCUCGCCUGACAAGAACAUGGAAGUCCAUCAGCUCACCACAAAGUCCGGUAACAAAGUCGUUGCCACGUUCUGGAGACACCCUUUUGCGAGAUUCACGCUUCUCUAUUCCCAUGGCAACGCAGCUGAUCUUGGUCAAAUGGUUGAGCUGUUCAUCGAGCUCCGUGCUCAUCUCCGCGUCAACAUCAUGAGUUAUGAUUAUUCAGGAUAUGGAGCUUCAACAGGAAAGCCGUCUGAGUUCAACACAUAUUAUGACAUAGAGGCAGUGUACAACUGCUUAAGAAGCGAUUAUGGGAUCAAGCAAGAGGAGAUUAUCCUGUACGGACAGUCUGUAGGAAGCGGGCCAACGUUGCACAUGGCUUCAAGGUUGAAGAGGCUGAGAGGAGUUGUUCUCCACAGCGCCAUUCUCUCUGGCAUUAGAGUCUUGUAUCCUGUCAAAAUGACUCUCUGGUUCGAUAUCUUCAAGAACAUAGACAAGAUUCGCCACGUCAACUCCCAAGUUCUUGUCAUACAUGGCACAAAGGAUGAGAUUGUGGAUUUUUCGCACGGGAAGCGGUUGUGGGAGCUGGCUAAGGAGAAGUAUGAUCCGUUAUGGGUGAAAGGAGGAGGGCAUUGCAACCUGGAGACUUAUCCUGAGUACAUCAAGCACCUGCGCAAGUUCAUAAACGCAAUGGAGAAGCUCUCUCUAACCAAUCCACCGCCUAAAGAGCUAACUAAUGAGCCUAGUAUCACCGAGACUAAGCACAAUAAGUGCUUGAGAUUUAGGAAAAGGUAGGUUUGGUUUCUGGAGGUUGGUUAGUAGCAGAGAAGCAGAAGACAAAUUGGUAGAUUCAUUCCUUUGCAUCAUCGCAUGUGCUUUCAACUCAGAACAAUCAGGAAAUGCUCAGUUCCUCAAUGUGAUUCGAAUCAACACAAAACACAGUCACAGAGAAUGUCGGAAGAGUGAUCAUCUAGGGAGGUUUGUUAACUGUAAGAUAUAGCUCUGUCCUUAGGUAUUUGCACGAUGUCAAGUCUUCUGUAAAAAGAAAUGUAAUGUAGCACCAAGUUUGGGGUUUUCAUCAAACAAUUAUUACUUGUAGGAGAAGCUACCAGAGAAAAGAUGUACUCAAGCAAUUUCCUGAAGCUAUCCAGUGUUCCUUAGCGAGACAAA